AUGGCAUCGCGGAAGAAAGAGGCCGAGGGAAUUGCUUUGUUGUCUGUGUACAGCGACGAAGACGACGAGGAAAUGGAAGAACCUGACGAACAGGGAGACGGAGAAGCAGAGAUGCGACGGCGGCAGCAGCAACAACAACAACAGCAAUUAGAAGGCAGCGACGAUAGGGAAUCGAAUUACAUGGAAGAAGAUUCGGCGAACGACGCGAUGGUUACUGAUGAGUACGGCAAUGGAGCUACCCCGCCGGAGGUGGCGCUGCAGCAGGUUCAGGUUUCGUUCUCUUCGUCUUCCCCGCAGCAGUUGCAGGAAGGACGAGCGGUUAGUUCGAAGAGAAGUGGGAGGGGGAGGCUUACGAUAGUAGACUAUGGGCAUGAUGAAGUUGCAAUGUCUCCUGAGCCCGAAGACGGUGAAAUUGAUGCAGGUAGAGAAGAGAUGAUUCCAGGGCCAAGUCAGCCAUUUGGAUCCGAGGCUUCACAGCUAACUGAUCACUCGGAAGCACCUCAGUCAGAUAAUAUGAACAAUAGCUCCGAUGAAUUGGAAGCUGUCAAGGUUGAGGACUCUACUGGACUUACUGAGGGCAAGGCGGAUCGGUUGGAUAAAUUUCUACCGCCACCACCUAAAGAGAAGUGCCCAUCAGAGUUGCAAAAUCGAAUAACAAAGUUCAUCACUUUGAAGAAAAUUGGCAGAAGCUUCAAUGCAGAGGUCCGUAAUAGAAAGGAUUAUAGGAACCCUGACUUCUUGCUGGAUGCUGUUAGAUAUCAGGAUAUUGACCAGAUAGGAACUUGCUUCAGUAAAGAUGUAUUUGACCCCCAUGGAUAUGAUAAAAGCGACUUCUAUGAUGAAAUAGCAUUUCAUGUAUUUGUCAAGCAGAGGUUGAUUUGAGGCGAGAUAAAGAAAGGAGGGAGCAGGAAUUGAAGAAGAGCCCAAAGGUUGAAUUUGCACCAGGAGGAACUCAACCAGGAAUUGUGGUGCCUCCUUCAAGAUUCAGCAUGGCUAUUCCAGUUGCUGCCAGUGGAUUGCCACCAGCACCAGAACCAGUUUCACGAAAUGGUAGGCAAAACAAGAAGUCAAAAUGGGAUAAGGUGGAUGGUGAUGGAAGGAAUUCUCUCUCAGGUGGUGGGCAAGAUUCUUUAGCUACAGCAGCUGCUGCUCAUGCCGUGUCUUCUGCUAAUGCUGGUUCUGGUCCUUCUGGAUAUCCAGCUUUUGUUCAGCAGAAACGGCGGGAGGCAGAAGAGAGAAGAUCCGGGGAGCGUAAGAACGACCGAAGGUCAUGAUUAUUUUCCGGUGAAGUAUGUGGUUCAAGUAUAUGCAUAUACACAGUGGCUUGAGUUGGUGGGAAAUAAGAAUUUCACUGAACUGCAAAGCCGGAAAGCAUACUUGAAAAUGUAACAUGUCUCUUGUCAAGGGAUGCAACGGAUCAGGACUGAUAUUACUCUACUCAUAUUCUGGAAAAAUUCCCAAAAUACACUAGUUCUUAAAAACAAUUCUCAAAAUACAUUAGUUAUGAAAAUAAUUCUCAAAGUACGUAUGCUUCAGCA